GUCAAGCAGUCUUGAUUUUUUUCAAGAGCGACAGAAAAAAAUAAAAAAUAAAUGAUAAUCAUCUUUACCAACGAAAUGAAAUAAACAAACAGUUUGUCAGCGUUAAAUAUAUCGUCAAUCAAAUCAACUGUAAAAAUGCUUCAGUUACAUCGAUAAUCGUGUUCUAUCAUGAAUUUAGAUGGUCCUUUAUCUUGACAGCGCUUAAUCCAAAAAGAAAACAAAGCCAUAUUUUGUGUGCAAUAUAAAAUUUUAAAAUGUUUUCAAAAUCUAUUACCAGUAAAGAUACGUUUUUAGAACAAACAAAAGCAGCCAGGGAAGAGCGGGCACUUGAAAAAAAGCGAGAACAAUCUGCGAUUAAAAUACAGGCAAUAGUACGUGGUUGGCUCGCCAAACAGAAAUUCAUCAAACUUAUUUUAAAUGAAUUUGACCAACUCUUACCUGACUUGGUUAGUCACAGCUCUCAAGAUGAACACCAGCAGCCGGAACUUGUACUGGCACUAGAUGUGUACAGAGUAGCAUGCCGUCUCUUUCUUGUGUUUAAAAAUCAGAGGGAUAGAAAGCGAUUUGAGAAACUCUGCAAGUAUAUUGUCCAGAGUCUCCAUUCGGAAUCUGUUAAAAUAUCUUACGUAGGAGUGUUUUUAAAUAAGGAGUACAGCUUACGAUGGAUAUCUCAUAUAAAGGACUUAUUGUACAAAUGUUGUCAAUUUCUCGAAGAGUUGAAGCCGGAAUCUCCUAUAGAUAUGCAGGGUAUACUCAUUCACCUCCACACAUUGCUAGCUUUCACAGCUACCAACACCUGGGCUCUGACCCGUCUCAAAAACUUUGAGAAGCUCAGAGGUGGGAUGACGCAAUUGUGUGCUAAUGUCAUGGGAUCACUCUUCCAUAGAGGAUAUUAUUUAACAUUAAAGUCCCUCCUCCUUCGUGGUCUCUGCCGUGAGAAAGUGUGUUUGAAGAACAUAGCCCUGACAGCGAUAGUGACGCUGACUCUACGUCCUCUCGUGUCGGCUCAGUUCUCUGAAAAGCUGCUUACAAUGUACAUCAUACAGAUAUUAUCAGUGCCUACACUCGUCUUCCACAUGCAACAGAUAUCGCCCGAGUCUAUGGCAGCGUUCAGAUCACAUUCGAUAUUCGACAAAUGCGUGGACUUCCUAAGUUCGGAUCAAAACAUGCGUAUCGUAUUUAAUACGUUGGAAGGGAACUAUGCUCUGUGCCUUCUGGCUAACCUGAUACAGCUGGCCUAUUCUGAGCGAGAACAUGCACAACCUGGAACGUACUACCCUACGUUUGUCCUAGUAGUGACCCGUUUUCUGGACAGCUGCCAACAGUAUGUUGUAUGCAAGAAAGGAAACCUGAGUAACUGGCAUCCGGUUCUGGGCUGGUUUUCCCAGAGUUUCGACGCCUAUCUCCCCCCGGCGAUGGGGAAUCUCAGGAGUCAGUUGUCACUGUUGUGGGGUACGCCGAUGUUGAAGAAGAUGCUCGGUGUACCUCUUAAAGAGAUGCUGGAUGCAGGAAUCACUGGAGAGGAAGGUGCAGGACCGUCUCAGCCGUCGACGCCAGUGCAGACCAGUAACCCAGCAUCAUUCAUCCGAAGAGCGAUCGAAGCUAGAACUAAUAGGGGUAACUCUAGCAAGAACUUUAGGAAGUUGGGGUCACCUGACUGUACUAAGGUUGCUCUCAUUUGUUCGAUGUACCACACCGCUCUACAGACUAUGUCUCAGGUGAAGCUGGACAUAUUAACAGGGCUCUGCAAUCAAGACGAAAUACUGUACUCUCUCUGGCAGUUCCUUUGCACUUUGGGACCUAACAGCGGAUUGAAGGCCUUCCUCGAUCUGUUGGCUCUGAACACGAAGGCGUCUGCGCCUGAAUUUCAAAUGCUCGUCUUGUUCUCCGACUGUAUGACGCACUACGUAACUAUAUUGGACGAUAUGGAAAUGUACGAGAAGCAAGAUCCAUUCAAAUUGCAGGAUUUCGUCAAUAUGUCCCAAUUUUUAAAUAUGUUCAUAUACAAAUCUAUCAUAGGACAAUUGUUUGAGCUGAAGACGCUGGCGAGCAACGCGGUGUUCUCGUCGCUGCACACGCUGCUGCUGGCGCUGUACCGCCGCGACUGUCGCCGCGCCUUCGCGCCGCAACAGCACUGGCUCGUGCGGGACAUCCGCGACUCGCAGUUCAUGGCCGACCUCGAGAAGGGCAAGAAGCCGCAGCAGGUCCUUGUUCAAAAGACGCCCCACAUGAUCGCUCACGGUGAACGGGUCAGAUUGUUUAGGCGUGCUGUAGCCGAUGAGAAGGUGGUGCUGGGGCUGACGGAGCGCGCGUGCGGCGGGCGCUCGACGCUGGUGACGGUGCGGCGCGCGCGGCUGGUGGAGGACGGCUACCGGCAGCUGGCGGCGCUGCCGUCGCGCGCGCUGCGCGCCGUCGUGCGCGUGCGCUUCAUCAACGAGCAGGGCCUGGACGAGGCCGGCAUCGACCAGGACGGCGUCUUCAAAGAAUUUCUCGAGGAAACGAUAAAGCGAGUUUUCGAUCCGUCUCUGAACCUUUUCCGCGUGACGAGCGAGGAGAGGUUGUAUCCGUCGCCGACGUCGUGUCUGCAAGAGAAUCACCUUCAACUAUUUGAAUUUAUCGGACGUAUGCUUGGAAAAGCUGUUUAUGAGGGUAUUGUAGUGGACGUGCCAUUCGCUUCUUUUUUCUUAAGUCAAGUGUUGGGUCAGACACAACAAGCGCUGUACAGCUGGAUCGACGAGCUGCCAUCCCUGGAUCGUGAUCUGUACCGCAGUCUCACUUAUAUUAAACAUUUCCAGGGGGAUAUCUCAAGUCUAGAAUUAACAUUUUCGGUAGACGAAGAAAGAUUAGGUGAAAUUGUCACACAUGAGCUCGUACCCGGAGGAAAAGCUAUACCUGUUACUAAUGAAAACAAAAUUAACUACAUACAUCUAAUGGCACAUUUCCGUAUGCAUACUCAAAUAAAAGAUCAGACGAAUGCAUUCAUUAAAGGAUUCAGAACGAUUAUUAAUCCAGAGUGGCUCUCCCUGUUUUCUACACCUGAGCUGCAGCGGCUGAUCAGCGGCGACAACGUGCCGCUGGACCUGCGCGACCUGCGGCGCCACACGCAGUACUACGGCGGCUUCCACGACUCGCACCGCGUCGUGUGCUGGCUGUGGGACGUGCUGCAGCGAGACUUCAGCGAGAACGAGCGCGCCAUGUUCCUCAAGUUCGUGACAUCGUGCUCAAAACCACCGGUGCUUGGGUUUGCACAUUUAAAGCCUCCGUUUUCGAUCCGCUGCGUAGAAGUCGGUGACGAUGAAGACACAGGCGAUACUAUAGGCAGCGUAAUACGCGGUUUCUUUACAAUAAGAAAGAAGGAUCCAUUAAAUCGGCUGCCGACGUCGUCGACGUGUUUCAAUCUACUUAAGCUACCAAACUAUCAGAAAAGGAGCACGCUUCGAGAUAAGCUUCGAUACGCUGUUAACAGUAACACUGGUUUUGAACUUUCGUAGUGUAUUCGCAAAUGUUUGUAUAUUUUUCCUUUCAUAAUCGUGUUUUGUGCACCUUUAGAAAAAAAAUUAACUUAUUUUUCGAGAUGGCAGCACUGUUUAAAAACGUCAUAUUCUUAUUACAACUUAUUCGACUGUUUAAUUUCAAAACCUAUUACAAAUAUUUUUUUACAUAUUAUUAUUAUUAGAAAUAACGUUUUUUAUUUAUAUAUAUUUACUAGAAUGUCAUUAUCAAUAAAUGUGUCUUUUUUGCAUAUAGUAUAGUUACUUUUUUUAUAUAUGGCCUAUUUUAAAUAAGGCCAUAAUGAGUAGUUACUAGGUUUUGAAAUUAACCAGAAUUUAUGUGCAAUAUUUUUAAUUAAAAUGAUCAAUUUUUAAGAAAAGCACGCUAAAAAUCAUGCAAAUAAUAAAUUAAAAAAAAAACUUAAAUAUCCGUUAAUUUUAUGAAUCAUUAAUAACCAGUAUAUAAAACCAUUACCGUUCUACCGGAAAAAAAAGUUUUUGAUCUCUUGAAUCUAGAAAUAUCUACGUACAAAUUAUUGUUAAUGUUUAUACACUUUACAACGUCAUGCUGUGUUAUACGAGUUAUGUACCAAAAAUUAAUAUAGGCUAUUUCAUUUGCAAGGAAAAUAUAAAGAGACUCAUUCAAAUUUUAAAAAGAUCUCAUUACAUAGUAAAUCUACGAAAUAAUUUGUUCAUGUCAUGUCAUCAAAGAAAAAUCCAUGCGGAAUGGGAAAAUGGUUGCAAAUAUUCGAUAAGGUAUGGUAGUGUUCAUCGAAUUUCGAAUGUGUGACGUCGCAUUUAUGAUUAACAUUCAAUUGUGUGACCGAACUUUUUCAUUUGCUUCUUUGUGUUUUGUAUUUAUAUAAUUGAUAAUUCUAAUAUCAAAACUAUGAUUGACUUCGGUUGUAACUUUUUUGGUUGUGAAAUAAAUUAUUUCUGACUAAAGCUUCGGAAUAUUCAAGUUGCUUUGGAGUAUAUUUAAUUUUGUUUUAAAUUAUUUACUGCAAAUUAGCAAGAAUGAAAAAGUUUCACCGAUUUUCAUUAUUUAUUUUGUCAUUAAUGUUAAAGGCCAGUAUUGAACCGAAACUAUAGUAAAAAAUGUGACGUCAUGAUAAAUGGUUAUUUAAAAGAUAUACGACUCAAAAUAAACCCUAAAUAAUCAUCCAAUUGUAGAGGUUUGAAGAAACGAAUUUUUAAAGAAGGAUUCAAUCCAGUCCAAAAAUAGGUGUAUAUAGACAAUAAAAUAACCUUAAUAUAAUAAAUUCGUAGUGAUGUCUGUAAAUUAAUAGUUUGGAAUGUAUUUUAAAGUUUUACUACAACGGAAACAAUUUCAAUAUUUUGGGAAUUGUUAUAUAACACUGUAGUUUGAAUACAGAAUAAAUUAUGUAUUUUGGAUGUGUCCGUAAACUUGCAUACUUAAGUCUAUUUAAAUUAAAAAAAAAUGUAAAAUAUCUUACGCUCUAAUAAUAAUGUUAACCGUUUUAUUUCUUACAUAUAUUAAAAGUUCAUUAAAAUUUUCGAAAUCUCUGUAAAUAAUAUCACGUAAUUUUUUUAAUGGGCUAAAAUAUAACAAAAUACUUUCAGAAUUAUAAUCUUAUACAAAACAGAAAAAAUUAAAUAUGAUUAUUUUUAAAUUUAAAAUGAUUUAAAUUUUUCAUUUAUACUGCCUAAAAACAUGACGUAAAUAAUAUAUAUUUUUAUUCAUUCUUAUACUCUUGCACCAUAUUAUGGAAUUGAUUGUGUUUUCGGUGCGUAAUGUAAAAAAACUUUUGCUAAUAUUAUAUGCGUUUAAAAAAUAUGAUUGUAAUACACUUAUAUAUAACAUUAACCCAUUAUAUCGAAACUUUAACCCACAGAUAAAAAAUCCAAAUCUUCCAACCACUUAGAAAAUAGACAUAUAUCUACAACUAUUUGUUUAUUUAUCUGUAUUAAAAUAUUAGUCAAUAUAAUAAUAUUAGAUUAGCAGUUUUUUUUUUAAUAUUAUCUUCAAAAAACUGUUAUAAUCUGAUGUUUUAAUAUAUUUUUUAUGUAAUAUGUUUAUACGUAAAAAUAACUAUAGCGUUUGAUAUAUGUCUUUAUUUUUUAUUUUCAGUAGGCAGAUGGGCAAAUGGGGCACUGUGUUUGUAAUAUAACAUCAAUUCUGUUUUAGCUAUGGAAUCUAAUAUGUUAUGUCCUUUGUGUCUAUAAUUACACUACCAAAACAUCAAACUAUAACACAACAAUACAGUAAAAAUUAUUGCUGUUUGGUAUUAGAAUAAAUGAUGUAAUCUCAUCCAAGCAGGCCCGCCAAAAUCCAUCCCAACAGUAACACCGGCAGGACUGUACACUAUAAUGUCAAUACAGCGGCGACAGCGACAUUAAAAACUCAUUUCAACAAUCAAUUUUUUAACUUCCUAAAAUCUCGUAUAGUUGUAUAUUAAAGAAUUUAUAUUCUGGAAAGUAAUUAUUCUAAAUGAAAAUUUUUACAAAAUAUUUUCAUGUCCGCGCGAACGUCUAAGCGUCGUUUAGUCUUUAAUAUGCGAGUUAUUAUUUACAUUACAUUACAAUAAUAAAUUAUAAUAUCAUCCCGCCUAUUUAAUAACAGCCAAACAAAUAAGAAAAUAAUUUUUUUAAAUAAACUAUUUUUUUUUUCUUGUUUGUUUUCUUGAAAAAUCUAUUCUCACCUUGCUUGAUUACACAUGUUCGAAUUUUAGAAAUGUUUACGUAACGAUAAAUAAAUAUCUACGUUUUGUUAUUAUUUUCGUGCAAUUUAUUUUCGAAACCCUAAUGUAAUAUUCUAUAUUUUGUAUUAAAUAAAAUUGUUGAGCUAAUCAUAAUAUAGUAUUUUAUAGUUGUGUGUAGAUUUUCACUGGUAAUUUAAGUAUUUACUAAUAUUAUUCUAUACAUCUAUAUAGAUCAUUGUAAGAAAUAUUUUGUACUAGCCACGUAAAUAUGUUGUAUAACACAAUGUGAUUCUCUGUGAUAAAAUAAUUGA